GCUUUCCAGCCGGCAGAGCGCUCUCGUUCUCGCUCUCUCUUCAUUGUUCUCUUCCCUGCAGCAGCAGCGGCAGCAGCAGCCAGCCAAGAGACUGCCACCGACCCGCGAUAGACGGAGGGGAAAGAGUCUCUCAUCUCUCCCCCCCCCUCACACACACACCUGCCUAGCACAUCCCCGGAGCAGGCGCGUCUCUUGCGAGCUAUGAUUGACUCGUGGCAGCAGCGUUCAGACCGUGAGCUGAGCUCGGGUUUCCUAGGAUAUCCUUAUCAUUAGGCGAGACGCAGAAGUCAAGGAGGAGGAAAAAGAGGAGAGCCUCCUUUCCUUCUCGAUCUGUAGGAAAGGGACAUUUUAUUUUUUUGUGAGAAAUUGUUAUCUGCUGAGUGGCCAGGUAGAGAGAUCACUUCUCUUCCUCCUCCCUUUCCCCACACCAAACUCCUCGAGUCUCAUCUCUCCACCCUCUUGGGAUCGUUCCUCGGGAGAUCAAAGGAUCAUGAGCCGCUGGGUGGCCGCCUGGUUUCUGCUGUGUUUGAGCCACGGACCCCCGUCGUUCGCCAAAGGGGAUGUAUGUGACUCUAACCCCUGUGAAAAUGGAGGCAUCUGCUUGUCAGGGUUGGACGAUGACUUCUAUUCUUGCGAGUGUCCUGAUGGCUUCACAGAUCCCAACUGUUCUAGUGUUGUGGAGGUUGUACUAGAGGAAGAAGAGCCAACAUCAGCAGGGCCAUGCAUUCCUAAUCCUUGCCAUAAUGGUGGAAUAUGUGAAAUUAGUGAAGCAUACAGAGGUGACACAUUCAUAGGCUAUGUCUGUAAAUGCCCAGAAGGAUUUAAUGGGAUCCAUUGCCAGCAUAAUGUGAAUGAAUGUGAAGCUGAACCCUGCAAGAACGGUGGCAUUUGUACGGAUCUUGUAGCUAACUAUUCCUGUGAGUGUCCAGGUGAAUUUAUGGGAAGGAACUGCCAGUACAAAUGUUCUGGGCCAUUGGGAAUUGAAGGUGGAAUUAUUUCAAACCAACAGAUUACUGCAUCAUCCACCCACCGGGCUCUUUUUGGGCUCCAGAAAUGGUACCCCUACUAUGCACGACUUAACAAGAAGGGUCUUGUAAAUGCUUGGACUGCAGCAGAGAAUGACAGAUGGCCAUGGAUUCAGAUAAACCUACAAAGGAAGAUGAGAAUCACAGGUGUUAUAACUCAAGGUGCUAAGAGAAUUGGAAGCCCAGAAUAUAUAAAAUCAUACAAAAUUGCAUAUAGCAAUGAUGGGAAAUUAUGGGCAACGUACAAAGUAAAAGGGACAACUGAAGAUAUGGUAUUCCGUGGAAAUGUGGACAAUAAUACACCUUAUGCAAAUUCUUUCACCCCACCAAUAAAAUCUCAGUACAUACGAUUAUAUCCUCAGGUUUGUAGAAGGCAUUGUACUUUGCGAAUGGAACUCCUUGGCUGUGAAUUGUCAGGUUGCUCUGAACCUCUGGGGAUGAAAUCAGGACAUAUACAGGAUUAUCAGAUUACUGCUUCUAGUAUCUUCAGAACACUCAAUAUGGAUAUGUUUACAUGGGAACCUAGAAAAGCUCGACUAGACAAACAAGGCAAAGUGAAUGCCUGGACAUCGGGACACAGUGACCAGUCGCAGUGGCUGCAGAUUGAUCUUCUUGUUCCUACAAAGGUGACGGGGAUUAUUACUCAAGGAGCUAAAGAUUUUGGUCAUGUACAAUUUGUGGGCUCUUAUAAACUUGCCUACAGCAAUGAUGGAGAGCACUGGACCAUAUAUCAGGAUGAAAAGCAAAAAAAGGAUAAGGUUUUCCAGGGAAACUUUGAUAACGACACCCACAGAAAGAACGUCAUUGACCCUCCAAUCUAUGCACGGCACAUAAGGAUCCUCCCUUGGUCAUGGUAUGGCAGGAUCACUUUACGGUCAGAGCUCUUGGGUUGUACAGAGGAGGACUGACGAGGAUCAUCACUUUUCCGCACAACACUUGAUAUUCCUAAAAAAAAAAAUCUCCAUAGAAGAAACUGUGCAAAACCUGUAGGAAGUUAAAUGGGUUUUUCAUGAACAAGUGCUCACUUUCUGGUAGGCCGCUAACUGUCUUUUGUAAGGAGGUCUAAGCCUGCCCUUAAAAUGGUCCAAAUCUGAGUUUGGGGUUUUGUUUUGUUUUUGGUUCUUUUAAAUCUUAGUUCCAGUUAUGACUCUGUUUUGAUGUGGAAUUUUCCUUUCAAGUUUCCUUCUCAGUUGUUCACGCUGGCUGAAAUAUGGUUAGAGGUGAAAAGCAGCAUCCUUUUUACAAUGAAGAUGAAAGUGGUAUGACAGAGUUCACUUGUGACUUGAGAAAAAGCAGUUUGCAAACCCACAUGGGUCAUCUUACUUGCAAAAAGUGAUACUGCAGCUUUAGCAAUAAGUUUUUUCUCGGGGAUGACUGCAUUUGAUUGUUUCCGUUGUGCCUAUCAAGCAUUGUCAAGAUUAAUGACACUUUUCGGAAGAAUCUGUGUGGUCUGCAGUCCUCCUGGUGUUACAAACUACCUUUUGUAAUUUCCGUUCCAAAAAGCUGAGUCCACACACCCUGGGUUUCAUUCCUUCUUGUUUGGCUUCCCAUUAAGCACAUUGUCACUGUCUUCUAUGUUUAAAUCACAUUAACUGCUGCUGUUUACUUUCAAUGAGCCAACCUGAAUUUUACAGAACAAUAUCUGCUAUAACAAUAUUCUGAAGUUAAUGAUUUUGUCAGUGAAUUCAGCUUGCGGUUUUCUUCCUAAGAGAUGAUGAGAUGAAAGACCAAGGACCAAAUUCAAGGCUUUUAUAACUGUAGCAGGGAGGGAGGCACAUGUGUAUGCUGCAAAAAUGGCAUCCAUGUGAUCCUGUAUAUUCAUGCAUGGGAUUUGCCUUGUGAAGCUGCCUAGGAGAUGGCUUCAGUGAGAUGCCUCCUUUGACUCAAUGGGUAAGGGUGAUUGUGAGAUCUAGGGCUGAAUGCCAAAACAUAUGGACAGUGUAUCCUUGCCCUGUGGAACAACCCAACAACAGCACUGUCCCUGAGCAGCUCUUCAGAAAUAUGGGUAGAAGAAUGAAGCCUGGGGCUGGCUGUCGUAUAAUACAGUAUUAUCUCUUAACAUUAUUUUAACAACUAGCUCUAUAAACCUUCUUCAGGCACUCACAUUGGAGAAUAUAUUUCCUGUAGGACGCAGUGUUGUAAAAUCAGAAAGAGAGAGAGAAAGGAAGUAAGGGAAAAGAUUCAGAUAUCGGGUAUGCUCCAAACAUCAAAGAAAAUAAGCAGAGCUGGGUGAAUGCUGUGAUUCUUCAGAAGGAAAGGCAGGAGAAUUUUCUUGGAUUAUUGGAUGCAGAAUUCAGCUUCCUAGCUUUCAUUUCAAAAUAAGGAAGUUUCUAUCUCUUAAGACUGCAAAGAUAUGUUUGAAAGUGUACUGGCAAGGACUCCUGAAAUCUCCAGAGUUUGGGAUUUAGGUUCCAACACCCUCCAUAGCUCCAUUGCCUCCCCAUGACUAGAGAGAGUAUAGAGUUUGGAUUGGCUGGGUUGUUGAAUUUUAAUAUAUGUGAAUCACACAGAAAAUUGAAUACACACUGCCCUGGUGCCUCAAGCAGUGUGCAGGCAUACAAAGAGAUAAGCCACAUGCAGUACUAUAAGGCAGCCAAACACCACAGUAUUCCUACUUCAGACAUUCAGUUUUCUUAUCCACAGCCCCAAUGCUGUCACUAUGCAGGAGAUGGAAUGACUGAAGGGGGCAGGAGAAAGGUUUCUCAGUGUUUUUUCCACUUAACUCCAUGAGGUCACGUGGCAAUUGCAUCUGCUACAUCAUGGUUCACUUAUGUGGACUGUUUAUCACAGGUUAGCUGUCACUAAUGGACCUUGCUUAUAUAUCUGAGCAGAUCUCUUCAGGGAAAGCAAGUAUCUCAAGAGAUGAGCUCAUUACUCACCAUUAGUUAUUAGCCUAUUACCUAAUAACAACCUUUUCAAUUACUAAUCUGACUUAGCCAUAAAUCCAGUUCUCUUGCAUAUUGACCUCUGUGCCUCAGAUCUUUCAAUUGAAAAUGUUAAGCUGAUCAUAGGUUUAUGUGAAUGGACAUAGGAUGCAGUGCACACCAGUCAAUGCUAGUCAACCAUGUAUACAGUUAUCCCAGUGCAUAAAUUUACUGUUCCCCAGGGCAAUAUUAGCCCAUGCCCAUCUUUGGCCAAUCAAGAUGUGAGAUGCUGUUGUCAUUGGAAUUAGUGCACAAAGAUGCUGGCAAAGCCCUGUGUAAAUGGCUCCCCAUUUUUGACUCUGCCCAGCCACCGUCUGGGUCAGUUCAACCCAACUUUGUGGCAAACGUGAAAACACUGCCAUAGCUUAAUAGAUGGAAUUUCUUUUAUGUGAAAUUCCUGCUUGUACAGAAGGCGUUCCUGAUAAAUUGUGGUCCUAGCCAAUAUUGCAAAGCACUUUCAUUUUAGUAAGGUACUGCCAUUCUGUCUAUUUCUUUUAUUAUUCUUGGACGUCUUCUCAUUAUAAAUUGUUAUUAUUUUCAUUAUUAAUUUCAUAACAUGCUGUGGUCAAUUUUGUUAUUGUUGUGUCUCAUUAUCACAUCAUGCUAAGUAUUUUUAUGACACUCCAUUAUCAUUAAAAGAAAAAAAACUGAGACAUAAACAUAGGCUCUAUGACCUUAAUAAACACCUAGUCAUCCUAUAAUUUUACAGUGAAGAAUCUAUACUCUUGCAAAAAAAAAAAGUCUGAAUUUCAAAAAAGAGUCACUCACAAUCUAUAUAAUCUCCUAUUCUCCAUGUAAAGACAAUGACCACAUUCACACAUCAUACUAUAAUGUGUUUUGGCAUAAGAUACAUGAGCAGGAAUGAGCCGCAGCAAGCCUUGGGCUCACAUGUUCCUCCCCUUCUCUCUCCUCCACUCACAUGGCCAGGAGGAAGAGUUUAGAAGCUUACACAUCCAUUUUUGCUUAACCAUGGUUUGUCAUGUCAUCUGGACCAACAGUCUGUGUUAACAUUAACUGUGACUAGGGGUGUGCUGGAAUUCUGUCCAAUUUGGAUAUGGUACCAAAUUUUCAAUUAAUUCCCUUAUUCACUAUUGUUGUGGAUCGGAUUUUUAUGUACUGUAGUGAUUUUCCAUGGCUAUUUCAGAAAUGAAUUUUUUUUAAAAAGAAAUCUGUGUCUAAAUUAUUGAUAUUAAUAUUGAUAUUUAUAUCGCUAUUUCCUUCAUCAAUCCUUUCAAGAUAUCAAUAUUUCCUUUCAAACUAGCAACUUUUAUAUCAAUAUUUUUUCCAACUGGAAAAAAAUGGAUCAGUAAAAGCACAGCUUGCAUACAAAGAACAAACUCGAAUCAAUACCAGCCUGUUAUGUUAAUGGAAUGCUUUCAGACUGGUACCAGCCAACAGAUCCCAUAGCUAAACUUGACUAGUUGUAAAACAAACCCACAGAUCUGGAUGACACAGCAAGCUGUGGUUAACCAAAAAUGGAAGCAUAAGUUCCAGAUUCCUCCUCCUAACCAUGUGGUAAGAGGAGAAAGAUAAACCCAAAGCUCACUGCAGCUCGUUCCUGUUUCUGCACAUCAUGCUAAACAGUGAUUUGGCAUGGCAUGUGAACAUGGUCAUUGACACCUGCUUUGCUUCAGACAAAAUCUUUAAUGAUCAGGGGGUGCUGUCUUGAAAGCAUCUUUCAAAAAAUUUGAACCAGUAGAAAAAAGAGAUUUGUCUAUAAAGAUCACCUUAUUCUUAAGGUGUAUUUAUUCACAUGUUUAUUUUAUAAGGCUUAGACAGGGAUAUUCAGAUAUCCUUAGUUUGAGAAUCUGAUCAAGGUAAAGCAAGUAUGUGUAAGAAAUGUUAAGGUCCUGUGCUACACUGUUAACUUUAAGGGGGGGGGUAUUUUUGUUUUUUAGUUGGACUUGUGCUGCAUUACAAAAGCCACUAGACUGUUACUGUCUUGUCUGUAAUUGUGUUAACAUUUCUUAACAAUGUUAUCUAUGGAGUGGUCUUCAAUUGUAGUGAUUAAUUUUAAAGAGAAAGUCAAUCAUAAUUGUGUUUUAAGGUGCAAAAGGCUAAUGGAAUAAAGUUAGUAAUGGAAAUGGCAUUUAACUACAUUUGGCCCAUAUCCUGCACUUUUAGGCUCCUAUAAAGAUCCUGCACUUCACAGCCCACUUACUCGAGAGUAAUUCUGCUUAAUUGUAUAGACCUACUCUAGAGUAAAAAAAGUGUGGAUUGUUGUUCCUAUUUGACUUUUUAAAAAAUCGGGUCUAGAUUUUAAAGGGGCCUAAUUUUUAACUCCUAUUGUAUGGAGCAAAAUUUUGCACCUCAAGUCCUUUGCUGUUAUAACACAUCACAAGCAAAAUCCUCUGGGGCUUGGCACCCUCAACAAACACAGGCUCCAAUCCCAAGGUUGAGAUGUGAUCCACCCAAAAAGAGUAGUGGCAGUGUUUGGUACAAGGAUGGGGGCAGUUGAAGCUUGGAUUCAACCCUUCACAUCCCAAACAGGUGGUUGAUGCUGUCAAAGCUGCACAUCUAACUCUGCCUGGCAUUGUUUGCACAUUCACUCUCAAGAAAGAAAAACUGCAUACACAGCACCUUUUUGCACAUGCGGGCCCCAAUCCCAAAAGAAUUGGGCCCACUUUUGAUGGAUCAGGGUAAUAAUUUGCAACAUGUACUCUGCAGAAGGUCUCACUGAAAGAAAAGCACUGGGGACUGUAGCUUCCCCUAAAUAAGAGGUGAUUUCUACAAAUAAGAUACUCUGGGUCUGUAGUGUUUGGGCUCCAUCAUGAAAGACAUCUGCUACUGCUAACACUACAUCAGUAAAUAAAGCUUGAACUAAUGAAGCACUUUGAGCUAUUAGUCAGAAUGUUCUGCUAAAAUGUUUUUGUGCUUGUUAGUAUUUUCUCUUAAAAUGCAUUUAAAUGAAUCUUUCUUGGAUUUGCAAUUAAUUUAUAUGUAUUAUAGUUUAUAGUACAAAAAAAGCAUCAGGUUGAAAAAGUGGUCAUUUAUUCUGUUAGAAAGGGUUGCAUUUUGUCCUUCUGCUGUUCAUUCCUGUCAGCCUUUACCAGGUCAUUUAGAGGAGCCUGAAAGUCUCUUUCUUUCUUUCUUUCUUUCUUUCUUUCUUUCUUUCUUUCUUUUUCUUUCUUUCUUUCUUUCUUUUAUCUUUUUUUUUUACAAUAAUUUUUAUUCAAAUUUUCAUAAAACAUACAAAACAAAAUCAUAAAACAUUCAAAGACAAAAAACAAAACAAAACAAAAAUGAUUAAACAAAAAAAUAAAAUGUUGACUUCCCAUUUGUCGCAGAUCAAAUCAGUUAUAGGUCUACAAUAUAUAACAAUCCUGUCUCUCAAAUUAUAUUAUAAAAUCACUUUCCUCCAGUAGUUAUCUUAAUUAAUCAUCAAAUCUCAUAAACAUUACUUUAUUCUUUCCACAAAAAGUCAAAGAGAGGUUUCAAUUCUUUAAGAAAUAUAUCUAUCAAUUUUUCUCCAAAUAAACAUGUCGAUUAAUCCAUCUCGUUAAUAAUAAUAAUAAUCUUAUUGUCAUAACCAUAGUCCAAAUAAACAUAUUGAUUAAUCCAUCUCAUCAAAAUCUGUUAGGUCCAAUAAUUUCAAUAGCCAUUAUUCCAUUAUCCAUAUUAAUUCCAUCUUCCAUCUUCAAUAGUCCUGUUAAGUCCAGUAAUUUCACUUUCCAAUCUUUAUCAGUAUUCCAUAAUAAUCUUGCUGUCAUAGCCAUAGUCAUAUAAUAAGAGUCUGAUGGGAAUUUCCUCUAUCCCAGAUAUUUUCUUGCCAUCGAUUCUGAAUAAGUUGCUGAAAUAUUGUUGUAAAGUCAUAUCUCUGUUCUUCUUUUUUACAAAAUGCACUGGCUCAUCUCUUGAGAGUUUUUCCAUUGUCACAUGGCUGCAGUUAAUUCCAUAGAUUUUCUCUAUAUCAAGCUCCAUCACAUCAUUCCAGUCCAGAAAAUUAUCCA